AUGGUUGAAUAGCCUGAAAUAGAAUUAGAUUAAUAAGAGGAAGACGAAUAGAAUUUCGAACUUAGAAAUGAAAAAAGGUAAGAUGACAAUUCAGAAUCAGAAUAGUAAUAAAAUGAUGAGAAACAAUAAAAUGAAACAUAAGAUUUAGUUUAAUUGCAGGAACCAGAAGUUAAAAUUGUUUAGAUGGUUUAAUAGCCUGAAAUAGAGUUAGAUUAACAAAAAGAAGAUGAAUAGAAUUUUGAACUUAGGAAUUAAUAAAGGUCAGAUGACAAUUCAGAAUCAGAAUAAUAAUAAAAUGAUGAGAAACAAUAAAAUGAAACAUAAGAUUUAGUUCAAUUGCAGGAACCAGAAGUUAAAAUUGUUUAGAUGGUUGAAUAGCCUGAAAUAGAAUUAGAUUAAUAAGAGGAAGAUGAAUAGAAUUUCGAACUUAGAAAUGAAAAAAGGUAAGAUGACAAUUCAGAAUCAGAAUAGUAAUAAAAUGAUGAGAAACAAUAAAAUGAAACAUAAGAUUUAGUUUAAUUGCAGGAACCAGAAGUUAAAAUUGUUUAGAUGGUUUAAUAGCCUGAAAUAGAGUUAGAUUAACAAAAAGAAGAUGAAUAGAAUUUUGAACUUAGGAAUUAAUAAAGGUCAGAUGACAAUUCAGAAUCAGAAUAAUAAUAAAAUGUUGAGAAACAAUAAAAUGAAACAUAAGAUUUAGUUCAAUUGCAGGAACCAGAAGUUAAAAUUGUUUAGAUGGUUUAAUAGCCUGAAAUAGAAUUAGAUUAAUAAGAGGAAGAUGAAUAGAAUUUCGAACUUAGAAAUGAAAAAAGGUAAGAUGACAAUUCAGAAUCAGAAUAAUAAUAAAAUGUUGAGAAACAAUAAAAUGAAACAUAAGAUUUAGUUCAAUUGCAGGAACCAGAAGUUAAAAUUGUUUAGAUGGUUUAAUAGCCUGAAAUAGAAUUAGAUUAACAAAAAGAAGAUGAAUAGAAUUUUGAACUUAGGAAUUAAUAAAGGUCAGAUGAUAAUUCAGAAUCAGAAUAGUAAUAAAAUUUUAAGAGACUUAAUAGUAAAAUCGAUCAUAGAUAAUUAAUUGAUACAUAAGAUAUAGAUUAAUUACAGGAACCAGAAGUGAAAAUUGUUUAGAUGGUUUAAUAUCCUGAUAUAGAAUUAGAUUAACAAAAAGAAGAUGAAUAGAAUUUUGAACUUAGGAAUUAAUAAAGGUCAGAUGACAAUUCAGAAUCAGAAUAAUAAUAAAAUGAUGAGAAACAAUAAAAUGAAACAUAAGAUUUAGUUCAAUUGCAGGAACCAGAAGUUAAAAUUGUUUAGAUGGUUUAAUAGCCUGAAAUAGAAUUAGAUUAACAAAAAGAAGAUGAAUAGAAUUUUGAACUUAGGAAUUAAUAAAGGUAAGAUGACAAUUCAGAAUCAGAAUAAUAAUAAAAUGAUGAGAAACAAUAAAAUGAAACAUAAGAUUUAGUUCAAUUGCAGGAACCAGAAGUUAAAAUUGUUUAGAUGGUUUAAUAGCCUGAAAUAGAAUUAGAUUAACAAAAAGAAGAUGAAUAGAAUUUUGAACUUAGGAAUUAAUAAAGGUAAGAUGACAAUUCAGAAUCAGAAUAAUAAUAAAAUGAUGAGAAACAAUAAAAUGAAACAUAAGAUUUAGUUCAAUUGCAGGAACCAGAAGUUAAAAUUGUUUAGAUGGUUUAAUAGCCUGAAAUAGAAUUAGAUUAACAAAAAGAAGAUGAAUAGAAUUUUGAACUUAGGAAUUUAAUAAAAGAAUCAGAAUAAUAAUAAAAUGAUGAGAAACAAUAAAAUGAAACAUAAGAUUUAGUUCAAUUGCAGGAACCAGAAGUUAAAAUUGUUUAGAUGGUUUAAUAGCCUGAAAUAGAAUUAGAUUAACAAAAAGAAGAUGAAUAGAAUUUUGAACUUAGGAAUUAAUAAAGGUAAGAUGACAAUUCAGAAUCAGAAUAAUAAUAAAAUGAUGAGAAACAAUAAAAUGAAACAUAAGAUUUAGUUCAAUUGCAGGAACCAGAAGUUAAAAUUGUUUAGAUGGUUUAAUAGCCUGAAAUAGAAUUAGAUUAACAAAAAGAAGAUGAAUAGAAUUUUAAAAUGAAAACUAAAGCAAUUCAAUAAAUGUCAAAGACAGAGCAAAUAAACUCGAUUAUUUAAUAAAAUUAAAAUGAAUAAUUACUUUAAAACGACAUUUAACCAUAGUUAACUGAAUAAAUCACAUGUUUUCCAAAUUUAAAAGAACAAGCAGCUCACAUUGGAGAUAUUUAAAAUACUGAUAGUUUACAAUAAUCUGAAAUAUACCAACCUCAAGAAGCAACAGAAAAGGGUUAUUAUAACGUUGAAUUAUAAGAAGAGCAAGUUUAUUUUGAAUUUUAAGAAAGAGAAACAUUAAACUAGCAAUUUGAAGAGGAAGUUUAAAUACAAUCAGAUCAGAAACCCAAAGAGUUUGUAGGCAAAUAUUUAGAAGAGGAAUAAUAGAAGAUCGAAUCAUAAUUAGAAUGA